CAACAUGCGACAUAAGUAAUUCAAUUUCUACCUUCUAAACUGUCGCCGGCCUUGUCUCUGUUUUCAUGACUUGCAUGCUCGAAAGAUACAAGAACACUUUGUGCACCAAGUUGCAUUCUUCUCGACCAAUCGAUUCAGAGAGACGUUUACGCCAGCGGUGCUCAUGAUUUGCGCAUAUUUAUGACAAGAUAGAUAUUCAACAGAGAGCAAAGGCACAAUGCGAGUUCCAAGCUGGCUGCUGCCGGCAGAACUGCUGCUGCUGGUCGGCAGUCUCCAUCUCCUUCCCAUAGCUGUGGAUGCAGCUUCUCAAUCCGUCAACAUCGGCUUGAAAGCCUCUUUCAGCUCCGCACCAUAUCUUGUGGAACUUCUUGAAACAGCUGCAGAGGAGAAUGAAGGAGUUUACUUUAAGAUCCUCGAUCGUAUCGCCAACGGAUACUUCCAAAGCGCCGCUUCGGACAAGGAAUACUACGAGAGAUUUAUACAGCUAUUAGAAGAGGAUGAACUUAUUACAGAUCCGGCGGCCUUGUCGUCCUUCGAGCUGGCGCUUGCAGUGCACAGUGCAGCCCCUCGGAUUGAGGCACAGUACCAAUACUACAAGACAUCCAUAGAGCCACUGCUUCAGAGGAGCGGUGCAAAGGACUGUAAGACUUGGCUAGAGUUUGCAGGUAAACAAUUCUGCGAACCUCAGCUAGAAAAAGAGGAUGCGACCAUUCAGGACCUUAACAUUAGAGGUUCUGGUGCUUUACCCUUCGACAGAUGGGAAAGGCAGAACAAGACGCUCCUACCAGCAACACUGUAUGCAGAUAUAUUGUCACCCGAUUUCGGUAAAUUCCAUACACUGAUGAGAGAUGCUGCGAAGGAGGGAAAGGUCCAAUACCGAGUUCGGCAUAAACCCUCCCAAACAGAAACUCAUGCUUUAGCAAUGAGUGGGUUUGGGGCGGAGUUGGCACUCAAGAAAACGGACUACAUCGUCAUAGACGACCGAGACAAGGACGUAAAGACGGAAGAAAAGGCUACGGAGCAGGAUCUGGAAGCGGCAGACGAGGAGAUUGCGGACCUGACACCCUUGUCGUCGUCUGAGCUAACAGAUCUUGCCAUGAAGACAGCAAGCUACAUUAUGACUAGCGAGUUCCCACUGAAGCGUCUUCUGAAAGUCACACAGGAUUUCCCUAAGUAUUCAUCCUUCCUCGCGUCGCAAGAGGUUUCAGCUCUCUUCAGAAAGGAGCACGUAGGCAAUCGGGAACUGCUUUUGCCUUCGGGUUUCAAUGUCAUCUGGCUCAACGGCCUUCAGUUUGACCCUCGAAAAGUCGAUGCUUUCUCCUUAAUAGACCAUAUGCGUCGAGAGCGCAAAUUGAUCGCCUCGUUUAAAGAUCUCGGUUUCACGAAUGCGGAAGCUAUCCAAUUACUUACUCACCCUGCCUUGGCAGAGAGCCAACAAGAUGCCGCCAACUCAGACAUAACACGAUAUGAUUGGCGCGAUGACAUAGAAGGCGGCGAUGUUAUCAUUUGGCUGAAUGACAUUGAGGCUGACAAAAGGUACGAAGACUGGCCAUCCAAUUUGAUGUCAUUCCUACAGCGUACAUAUCCAGGACAACUUCCCAUGGUACGACGUGACUUGCACAACAUGAUUCUGCCUGUUGAUUUCUCGGGCGCGAGAAGUGUUGGGCCGAUUGUACAGACCGUUCAGGAUUUCGUGAAGCGGGGUAUUCCAGUGCGCUUCGGGCUUGUACCCUUGAGUCACAGCGAGAGUGCUGCCAAGCAGGCAAAGGUGGUUUAUCAUAUUUAUGAGUAUUAUGGACUGAGUGCCCUGAUGCAGUACCUCGAGUCGGCCUUAACUGCAAACCAAUUUGGUGACCCUAAUGAGGGAAUAUUCCAAGCCGUUAUCGAGGACCGCAAAAUCAAAGCAGGAUUCGAACCACGAAGUUUACAGCACGUCCUUGAACCAGAUGACACCGAUGAGCGCGUAAGAAAGGCACAAAAGUACCUUGCCCGCCUCGGUGCUAAUUCAGAGUCUCCACCCCUUUUCAUUAAUGGUGUUCCAAUCAAGAACAAUGAUGAUUGGUUACAGUCAUUCAGCCAGCGCAUUUCAAUAGAUAUGCGUAUGGUGCAGAGAAAAGUUUGGGAGGGCGCCAUCGAUGAGGAAAUGUGGCUACCUGGCAUGUUUCUUGAGGAUGCAUCGCUAAAGCGGAACGCACUUGUGAUACCAGAAGACGAAAAGCAGAUCAGACUCGUGAGCCUGCUGAAGGCGUAUGAGGGCAAAAAUGCGGAUCUCGUCAAAAGCCUGCCCACAAUUUCUGCUUCAGAUGACACCCCAGCGGAGGACAAGAGUCAACUCGUCGUCAUCGGUGACUUCACUUCAGAACACGGGCUAAGACUCUUGAUGGAGGCGAUCGCUUUCCGACAGCAACAUGCAGACGUCGAAGUAGUUCUGCUUGACAACAAUGCGAACACAAAGAGUCGUCUAGGGCAUGUAAUUCAAGAGUUGCGUGUCGAUGAAUCGGGACUUCAAGAUUUUAGCGAAAAAUUGGCAGGCUUACUUUCAAGCGCUGAGCGCAUAGAUGCAGAUUAUCCUGUUCCAUGGGGAGACGUCACUCCGCUCAUUGAAAUAUUUGGUUUCACCACUGGGGAGGCGGGCUUGGUGCUCAACGGCAGAAAAGUCGGACCGAUUCCUUCAGAUGAGGUAUUUGCGAAGGACGAUUUCGAGGCUUUGUAUGCUUUUGAGCUCAAGAAAAGGAUUAUGCCUGCGAGGACAGCCAUUAAGCAUCUAAAUUUCGGCGAAAAAGUCGGGAAUGCUCUUAAUAACGCAAAACUGUUCUCCACUUUAGCGCUGUCGACCGUGUCGGAUAUCCCUGAAGGAAUCUUUGAACUCCCACCACCCAUUCGGACGAGAUUGUUCUACGACUGGAAUGCAACCAACACCGCAAUAACCGUAGGAGACAACAGCACCGCUACUAUUCAGAUUGUAGCUGCAAUUGAUCCCGCUGCUGAAAUUGCACAACAGUGGGUGCCAAUCUUGAAUGUUCUUUCGCAGCUUGACGGUGUUUACCUGCGCAUUUUCUUGAACCCAAUCGAGAAGCUUAAGGAGCUUCCUAUCAAACGGUUCUAUCGUUACGCCCUGAAUACAAAACCAACCUUCGAUGAGCGGGGCGAGGCGACCGCACUAGGCGUAAAGUUUGAAGGAAUUCCCAAAAAUGCACUUCUCACUGCUGGCUUGAACGUUCCACCGUCGUGGCUUGUUGCACCCACCGAUGCUGUUCACGAUCUAGAUAAUAUCAAAUUAAGUUCUCUAUCCGCGGGCACCAACAUAGAAGCUACGUAUACACUAGAGAACAUUCUCAUUGAAGGACAUUCUCGGGAUGUCACAACAGGGCUCGCUCCACGAGGUGCGCAACUCGCACUCUCGACGGCCAAGGAUCAGCAUUUUGCUGAUACACUUAUCAUGGCUAAUUUGGGAUACUUCCAAUUCAAGGCUAAUCCGGGUUAUUACAAUAUCUCUUUGCUCCCGGGUCUGAGCAAAAAGAUCUUCAACAUCGAUAGUGUUGGCGCUUUUGGCUAUGAUGCUCAGCCAGGUGAUGAAAGUACAGAAGUUACCCUCAUGAGCUUUUCUGGUGUGACGCUGUAUCCACGACUUUCGCGUAAACCGGGAAUGGAGGAGGAAGAUGUGCUUGGAACACCGAAAACUAGCGCCGCCGAUGUUGUUGCCGACGCUGCUGCAGAUCUCGUUUCCGACGUAGCUGGUAUGGUUGAUACUUUGCUGUCCAAGGUUGGCGUCAAGCUGCCACAUGCCGGUAAAUACUUUACCAAAGCCGUGGCAGGCGCCAGAGAAUACCUCUUCAAGACUAUGGCUAACUUAAGUCCUGUAGCUGAAGUCGUUACAACAUCUCCUCAUGCGGAUAUCAACAUUUUUUCCGUAGCAAGUGGACACUUGUAUGAACGCAUGCUGAAUAUAAUGAUGGUCAGCGUCAUGAAACACACAAAUCACACGGUCAAGUUCUGGUUUAUCGAGCAGUUCUUGUCAUCUUCUUUCAAGACAUUCCUGCCUACUUUGGCUGAAGAGUAUGGAUUCAAGUAUGAAAUGGUCACGUAUAAAUGGCCUCACUGGCUUCGGGCGCAGAAGGAAAAGCAACGCGAAAUCUGGGGCUACAAGAUCUUGUUCUUGGAUGUCCUUUUCCCUCUUGACUUGGACAAGGUCAUAUUUGUGGACGCCGAUCAGAUUGUCAGGACAGACAUGAUAGAACUGGUCAACAUCGACCUCAAAGGCGCACCGUACGGCUUUCCGCCCAUGGGUGACUCCAGGACUGAGAUGGAAGGCUUCCGCUUUUGGAAACAGGGCUACUGGAAAAAUUUCCUGAAGGGCUUGCCGUAUCACAUCUCUGCACUUUAUGUCGUGGAUCUCAAACGUUUCAGACAGAUUGCUGCAGGCGACAGACUUAGGCAACAGUACCAUCAGCUCUCGGCCGAUCCAGGUUCACUCUCGAACUUGGAUCAAGAUCUGCCCAAUAGUAUGCAGAUGGUCAUUCCUAUUUACACCUUGCCGAAAGAAUGGCUCUGGUGCGAAACUUGGUGUUCGGAUGAGGAUCUUGCAACUGCGAAGACGAUCGAUCUCUGCAACAAUCCGAUGACGAAGGAACCGAAGCUAGAUCGAGCUAGGAGGCAAAUUCCGGAGUGGACCGUGUACGAUGAGGAGAUUGCUGCUUUGGCGAGGAGGACAAAGGGAGAAGUGCCAAAAGGGGAUGAGCAGGAACGGUUACAGAAAGACGAAGAAGCUAAAGAGGGAAAGAGAGCUGGAAGCGCUCCAGAGCAUAAUGAGCUCUGAUUUCUCGGCCAUUAUCUCUUGUACCGAAGAGAGAAAUAAAACCCUGCGUCUAUGUACGAGUAUGUGAUUUUAGGGCAUGAUACGGCGUACUUCGGAUUUCGUUUAGAGCAUACAGAUUAAGUAUGUUGAGUCACUUGGAUUAUGGGUAGACUCGCCAUCAUGCACUGGGUGUUCUAUUCCAUGCUUUCAACGCUAGCAGAAGAGUCCAACUAACUUCGAACCGUC